CGGAGCUCAAAGAUCCCGAGUUAGACUUGUGUAGUGUUACAGUAGAAGUUUUGAUCUCUUACGAUGUUCGUCAAAUAUACGGAACAAAGAUUCCUGGGCUUAGUCAUAGCCUUCCACAUGACAGCUUUCGUAACCUUAGUCUGGUUUCUGAAGCGAUUUGAAGCUUCUAUGAACCUCCAGCCAAGGAAUGGCAGUGCCUCGAUCUCCAUCAAUGACCUCGAAAAUCAUGCACAGUCUCGCCUAGCAGUGCAUGACGGUCCCCUAAAGAAGAUUUUGCUAUGGAAUGACUUCUACGGAAAGCCCGAUUUCGGCUUCGGAACAGGCCGAGAACCCUUCCAAACGGCCGGGUGUCGAGUGGACGCCUGUGUGGUCACCAUCGACCGUCAUCUUUACCCCCUGGAGGAGUUGGACGCCCUGGUGUGGCAUACGAGGUCACGGGAUGUCUCCAUUCCUGAGAGGAGGAGUCCUCACACCCGGUAUGUGCUUGUGGCGAGGGAGUCUCCUGGGCACAAUUACUCACACUUUUUGGAUGAGAUUCGGGGCCAAAGAUUAGCGUUUAAUUGGUCUUUCUCGUACACAGACGAUUCGGAAAUUCGCUAUCCGUACGGGCGUGUGGUUCGACGAGAGACGCCCCUUGAGCCCUACCUGACGGACCAGAAUUACGCUGAAGGAAAGACCAAAUUAGCUGCCUGGUUUGUCUCCAAUUGCAACACGGAGAGCAAGAGGGAAAACCUGGCGAAGUCGCUGCAGAAGUGGCUGACGGUGGACGUGUACGGCAACUGCGGCCUCUACAGAUGCGCGCAGACCCACUGGCGAGAGUGUCACGCGCUUCUAAACGCCACCUACAAGUUCUAUCUGUCCUUUGAGAACUCGCUCUGUCGGGAUUACGUCACGGAGAAGUUCUUCACGCCGUUGCAACUAGACGUAGUUCCUGUAGUCUACGGCUACGCGAAUUACUCCAGACUAGCUCCUCCUCACUCCUACAUCGACGCCCUCUCCUUCAGCACGACGAAGGCCCUGGCGGAGUAUCUGCUGUACCUCGAUAAGAAUGACACCGCUUAUAACGAAUACUUUCGAUGGAAGCCCUACUACCAGCAGCUAACCCAGCACGACCUCAGAGCCAAAGCCUUCUGUGAUUUAUGCGAGAGACUUCACUACGACAGGGAGCCGAGGCAUCACGAUAUAAACAGCUGGUUCGACGAAGAUAAACAGUGUCUCUCUCAGGAGGAUCCGAGGAUAAAACAGCUGAUUUCAGAGUGAUUGCUUGUUGUUGUUGUUGUUGUUGUUGUUGUUGUUGUUGUUGUUGUUGUUGUAGGGGUGAAUAGGUGUUGUUGUUGUUGUUUUAGUAGAAGUAGGAGG